AUGGCGAAAACCAAAGGACCCACUCCCAAUGAGAAAGCUGCAGCCAACUUGCAAAAAGCUGCAGCUCCGAGUCCUGCAACAUCGGAUGGCCGGCCUGUACGACAGGCCAAAUCUACUGCCUACAAGAAUCAAGUUUGGAUGGCAGAAAAGAGUACUAAUCGGAAACGUGCUGCAUCCAACAAUGCCGAAUCAGAACACAUCAAGAUGCCUCGAAUCGUGACAUCUGACGCGAAGUCCAACACCAAGGUCGUGUCUGCGUCUGAACUGUUCGACUCAGACAACGACAUUGCUGCAUUAAGUGGCGACUCCAACAAGCAUGGCACCGGUGACGACUCGGACGACAAUUUAGAUGCAUCCGAUGAUGAUCUCAAAUCCCUCAAGGCGGACAAAAAGAAACUGAAAGAAGUACUGGAUCUUGAAAUAAGUUUUUCAUUAUGGUUGGAAGUGUCUGCUCUGCUGAUUUCAUCUCAUGUCAAGCGACCUCAAUUUGGCACAAGUGACACUGAUGACGACUCGGAUGAGCCUCGCACAACUCGCGCAGCUGUCUCUGAUAGAGACGAUGACAUGAAGGCCACGCAAAAGACUCACUACCGCACACCGGCACCAGACAAGUCAAAAAAAACGAUUAAACAUAAGAAACCGACUUGGCGGGAUAGUACUGAAGACAUGAGUGAUACACUUGUGACUGCCUCAAAUCCGAAACUUGUGCGAACGCGCGAGGAGGAUUGGCCUCUGAGCAGCUGGAUUAUUUAUAGUACAUCAGGCAAGGUUAACCUAACAGAUCAGCAGGCCCAUAUGCAGAACAUGCUGCGCGCUUCUAUCACCCGCAUCCUUGAGUACCUCGUGUUCGAAAAUGCGUAUCCUGACUUGGAGCAUCGGCGGAAGAUUACGGGAGACAUUUUGCUCGCGUGCACCGACGAUUGGCUUCAGUGCCAUUUCCGGAACAAUGUGCGAAAAGUGGCUCAAGCGCAUGUAGCGAGUCACUACGGUCUCAUCAAAGGCGCUGACAUGAAGGUUGCUGACCUCUUGAAAAAAAAUAUGUUCAUGUAUCCUGUCAACAGUAAGGACGAACCGAUUCGAAGCAAGUCGUACCAGGCACCUGCCAUCCUGGACACCAUAGCGGAGGCCUUUUUUGUUGACGAUGCGAGCGUUGGAGUUAAAUUUCACGAGAAAUUGGUGUCGACUGUCGAGGAUCGUCUGGACGAGAGGGAGCUUCCAGUUGCUAUGGUUGCUCUCGCAGGAACAGCAGUGCGCAGCGUCAUCAUGCAAUAUUCAUCCGAAAAAUACGACCGUGAUUUUAAUUGUGAAUUAUAUAGCGGGAUCUACAAAACACUCGUAGGUAUCCUGAAUGUAUGUGCUCGUUCAAUUGAUUUUCUCGUUAUUUUACUGAUCGUGUGCGAUCUCGAGACGGACGAGGCAUUGAUGUUCCUUGACAUUGAUGCAAUGCCAGAGUCGGAGGAGUAG